AUUUAUUUUGAUUGCUCUGGUAAUCAUGGUAAAUUUAUUUUAACAAUCCACCUCAUCUUACAGGAAAAGUUGGAUGAAGCAAAUGAAGCACUAGAUUCUGCAUCAAGAUUAACAGAGCAGCUGGAUCUGAAAGAAGAACAAAUUGAAGAACUUAAAAGACAAGGUGCAAUCAAACAAGAAAUGUUAGAAGAUGCACAAAAUAAAUUAAUGAACCUCAUAAACAGUACUGAAGGAAAAGUAGAUAAAGUCUUGAUGAGAAAUCUUUUCGUUGGGCAUUUCCAUACUGCAAAGGAUAAGCGUCAUGAGGUACUAAGGCUAAUGGGAAGUAUUCUAGGAAUUAAAAAGGAUGAACUAGAGCAGUUACUGACCGGAGAUCAAAAAGGUGUUACACAAUGGGUGACUGGCUGGUUUGGUGGAAGAGCUGCUGAAUCAAAAAGUGUCCCCAAUACACCUCUCAGACCAAGCCAACAGUCGAUUUUCAACAGUUCUUUCUCAGAACUGUUUGUGAAGUUCCUUGAAACAGAAUCACGGCCAACUCUUCCCCCACCAAAGCUUUCUCUUGAUAACAUGAAGCCUUUAGGAAUGACAGGAAUUAGUAGUCCUUCCAGCAAUCUGGCAGGCCCAGGAACCAGUAGAAGACCAGAUGUAAAUCCAUUCCUUGCACCUCGAUCAGCCGCAGUACCACUCAUCACUCCAGCUAAUCCUGGCGCUAGUGGAUCUGGGCAUCUGCUUAUGAAACCCAUUUCGGAUGCCUUGCCCACCUUCACCCCAAUGCCAGUAGCACCUGACGCUAGCGCAGGCGCAGUCUUAAAAGACCUGUUAAAGCAAUAGACUUUUAUGAAUUGAAUAGGAUAGCACUUUAAACAUAAUAUAUUGUACCUAUCACAAAGAGGCCUUUUGUAAAAAGUUGUUAGUUUUCAAUAGCUCUAAAAGUAAACCAUUGUACAGAUAAAAACAAAUUAACAUUGGAGAUCUAAACCAUUUACUGAUAAUUCUCCAACUAUGCAACAUCUGUUUUUACAUAUUGCUGUCAGUCUAGUCACACAUUUUUUUCCUUUUCCUUUUCCUUUCCUUUUCCUCAACAGGCAUCUGCUGUUGAUCUGGAGUGUCUUUAUAUAUAAAUCCAGUUCAGUGGUGAUAGAAAUAGAUGGUCUGCAAAAUCCAUCUGGUUUAGUAAAUACCACUGUAGCUGUUCCCUCUCACAGCUUACAGGGCCUGGAAUGAUAAGGCAGGAGCGAUCUGCUGCUGUGUGUAACAUCCCAGUCUGUGCAUUAGAUCAUAUUCUGAUCUAAUUUGGAGCAGAAUUCCGUUAUGUGAGGAAGUGCAUAUUAUCCAGUCACAGUAUCGAUCUGGAAUACUUUUGUGAUUUCAACUGGAUCAACAGAGAUCACAGAGGAAUAAGGAUCAACUGACCAAGUCUAUUUUUUGGGUAAAAUAUUAAAAACAAGAUCAUAGUAUCGUCUCUCGAUUACUAAGUAAUACUCAGCUAAGAUAAGAUGGAUACAUUGGGGAGAGCCAGGUUUGUCUUCAUUCACACACACACACACACACACACACCAUUCUUGAAUUCUGUCAUAGUGUCUGUAGAAGAAAAAGCUUUUCUUAAAGUUCCAUAAGAACUGUAAAAGCCAUUCUUUAUUUUCCGUGCAAAAUGCUUCUGAAUUCUUAUUUAUGAGUUACCUAUCAGCAUUAAGGAGUUCAUGGACAUUUUUCUGUUUUCUGCAGAUCAUAUUUAGUGUUGGACCACUAGUAAGAAACCUGAUAUCCAUUUGUAAAUUCAUCGUGUAAGAAUGUUUAAAGUAUAGUACUGUAAUGAGUUAAGGUGUAUAUUUAAGAAAUAAUUGUUUAUAUUCAUAGGUUUCAAUGGAAAUUUUAAGUAUGAAUAUAUGUAUAAAGCUGCAAUGAAGGAUGAUGCUUAAUCCAAAUAUGUAAAUAAGUCCAAAUAAGAACAAAUAGAAUUCUGCAAAACUAGCUGUACAGACUUGUUCUUUCCCUUUUGGAACAAUAAUUAGAGACACAUCACAUCUUUACAAAGUGGGGUUUUUUCCCCCCAUAAAGCUAUUUAUGACAUUAUUCUUAUGACUAGUAUUAAAAGAUAAUUUUACAUCAAAUUCAAUUAGUUAUUCUUGCUGUCAAGUGGCUUAUAUCAAUGGAAGAGGGCUGCAUUCCUCCUCUCCUCCCAACAAUCCCCUUAUGUCUUCAAAAAUAUAUAAUGGUGGAGUAAAUAGGGCGGGGGAUGGCACAAGGGAAAGAAGUAGAAGAGAAUAUUAUGUUGCAUGAACAAAAGUUCUUUAAUAAAACCCUGGAUUUUGUGCAGGUUGGUUUUUGAAUUUAGAAUUUCUGUGAUGCCUAUUUCCUACUCUGCUGUUUGAACUGAUAUUUGAGUAUGAAGUGAAUCAUGCAAAUGCUGCUACUUAGAUGCUUUCAAAUUAAUGGGAAAAGCCUUUUGUUUCUCUUUGUAUCUAGAUAGAAUUCCACACCCUUAACAAAUUUGCCAAGGUUUCAAAAGUGUCUAUUAAUAAUUGUUUUUUUUUUAUUUCAUAUUCUUAACAGGAGUAUUCACUGAUUCUAUUUUUUAUACAUCGGAAGAGGAUGUUUCAUUCCAAAUAGACACUCAAGGAUGGAUUGUGGUUUAGAAAUUUUAUAUCGAUUUCUGAAAGGUUAAUUCUCAAUAUUAAUUUAUAAGCAGUUUUUACUUUCUGAAUUCUCAGUUAGUGGACACGUUUUCUGUAUGAAAAUGCUAAAUUUACAUUUUCAGAACAGUUUCUUCAUGCACGUUAGACCACUUGAAAAGUUUUUAUGGAAUGGCUAAACAUUUUUCCAAUAGAUUGCAAAGAUGUAUUUUGUAUAUCUAUAUUCUGUGGCAUACAUUUUAUAUCAAAGUAUUUCACCAUAAUGUCCAGAUCAUUUAUUGCUUAUGAAUAUAACCAGAUGGCACCUAAGAACAAGCAGAAGCUUUGUACUCUAAUGGACUCUGCAUUCGUAUACCGGUUCUUUUGUCGAGAGCUCUGUACAUUCCAUGCUUACUCAGUGCAGGUGCCUCAAUAUGAGCCCAAAAUUCAGGACGGGCUCACGAACUCUCUGCUUAAUGUCUCUUGCUUUUGUUUUUGUUUUUUUUAAACACAAGGUGACGUAGACUUUUUAAUUAAUGAGAAUCUCAGCUGUUUUUGCGCUACGUGUAUAAAAUCAGCAUUCCUAUUCUUAAAAAUAAAAUGCAUAGACCUCAGCAUUACAAAGAGGGAGAUGAAAGCUCAUUUAUAAUAAUUCCAUAGCUAAUUAGCAGAACUUCUGAGAUAACAGAAAUGGAACGAUUUAUGGAGAUUGAAACAUUUAUCCUUUGCACAGGAUUUAGUGCGUACGGUCCUUUAGUGCAUAUAGUCCAACUUGUUGCCCAAUAGCCUCUAAGAAGCCAUUAUUAGAAGUGUUGAAUGAAAAUACUAAAAUAAGAUAGUGGUUAUAUUUAUAUUCAAGGUAUAUAAAUCUUAAUUUAUUCUCCUGAAAUUAUUUUUUUCUGUCAUGAAAACAUGAGAGUUGAUGUUAUUAGAUCAGAUCUUUGCAAUUCUGUACGAUCCCAGGUCUAGUACAUUCAUUUUGCUCCAAAGAAAUUCUAGAUAUGCAAAUUUAUGUCUGACUAUCUGAGGCUCAAUACGGCUACAUAACAAUGCCCAUUCUAACUGAAAAUGGUAUAGAUGGAUGACUUUCUGGAUUCAUACUUGGAAGCUAUAUGUGCAGCAGGAUGCGUGUGCAAAUAGCUAUCCAUACAUAAAUAUUUGGAUUUAAAUUUAAGUGCAUAUCCGUAGGGAAGGUAUGUGUGGUAAAUAUAAAUAUAUUUCUGGAUACAACCUCAUGAAUGGUACUUUACGUACAAUUAUGGAACUACAUGUAGAUGUACAAAUGAUUACAUAAAGGACGUGCAUCUAUACUUUCACAAUGGUUUCAGUGAAGGAUAACAUUUUGUUCUUUUGUUAAUAACAUUAAAAACAAUUUAGGAACUUAAUCUAAAGGGCAGACAUGAUCACAUGAAACUCAUACUAACGGGCUGUAGUUGUACAUCCAUAUUUGAUAUUUGGCACUGGUAAGUUGUUUUUAAUUAUGAUUAGUGGUACAGAACUUACUUGAUUUGUUUAUAAAGUCAUUGCUUGUUACUGUAAAUUAAGAUCUAACAGUGUUCUGAGUAAAAAUUAGGACAAAUUUUCCUCUUCCUUAUAUCUAGCCUUAUGCCUCAUUAUAAUUUUUUCUCUCCUUAUGUCAGUUGGGUAGUUUGUUAGUUGAUAUAUCUUCCUAAUACCCCGUCCUUCAUAUGGAACAAAUAUCCUCUCUUUGAAGGUGCACAGAGUGACACAACAGGAUGGGUUGAGGAUGGGUCUAGAAUGCUAAAACCUUAUAUAAAUAUGAAAUUGCUUGAAAGCAAAAUAGCUAAGAUUCACACUGGAGAAGGUUUGUAGCUCCCCCCCCCCCAAAAAAAUCCCUGAAUCUGUUUGUAAUUGUUCCCAUGGUACAUCCUAAAUGGUGGAGCUCUCUGAGGGAUAGAAUUACAGAGGCUUGGUUUCUGCUGCAGUCAAAAUUAAUUUGGUACAGUGCACAAACCAAUAGAGUAAAUGGGAAAGGAUAGGUUAAUAAUACUUGAUAAUGGAAGAAGAUAAAAUAAUGAUUUGCUUAUGUGCUUUCAACAUUAUUAUACUUACAUCAAAAAUAUCUUGUUGAGUUCUCUAUUAUUUAACUCUGGAAAUUUUAUCUUUAACUGCUGCAUGUUACAUUCAUUGUACUUACCUGCAUUUAAAAGGAAGAUGCCGUGUUUUGGCUAGAUCAAUGUGGUUGUAUGAUCACUAUUCAAAAUCAAUGCCAUCAUUACAGCAUAAGACAUGGUUAGUAAAUCCUACUUAGUGCCUUGGCAUAUUCCUGGGUAUUUGCAUGCAUAUGUAAGAAAGACACUGCUGGAAGUGAAGAAGUGACAGCUGAAGGAUACCUCCUAUUAGCAAUGUCAGGGUGCUGUGCAAUGGUUGUGAUCAUCAUGCUUAAUUAAAUAAGUCACGAUUGGCUAGAUUCAUACAAUAUGCUAUCCAAUAGCCCAUGAUUUACAAAUUACACUGGCUGGAUUUAUAAGUUACACUAAGCCACAAACAAACCACAGUUUGGCUUUGUGUGUCGUGAACCCUGUCAACCUCAAAAGUGGGGAGAUGGAGAAAUUAGUUAUCUACCAAGGACAGAAGACUUCCAAGGUCCCUUCCAAACCUAUGAUGCUAUGACAAUAGUUAGAAAAUCAGGAGAAGAGGAACGCUUGGAAUUACACACUGUCUCUUUCCCUUCGGAUAGUAAAAGAACAGUCUGCACUUAUCCCAAAAAUUAAGACAAAAUUAAUUUAUACAUAAAGUAUGUGCUUUUAAAGGUGAGAUCAUUUGAAUGUGCUACAAAGCAAUUGCAAGUCCAUUAGCAUAAGCACUAAGCCGCUGAGAUUCAGCUAGUGUGAAAUGAUAAGUUAGUCCUUGAUCUCAUUUGCUUUUUUUCUUUAUUGUUUUGAAUGAUUUGCAUGGCUGAAUGUUAGCAUUACCUAACACUGCCUAUUUAUAUUCAGCAUACAGUUCUUCCUUGUUUCUGUUAACUCUGGUGAACGAUUAUCAAGAUAAGAAAUAAAAUAACCCAGUAUGACGUCUGCAGCAGUUAAAAUCCUAGCAGUAAAGGAACAAAGAAACUGUAAGAUAAUAGAAUCAUGGGACACUUUAUGGAAAGAUUAAUCCUCUAAUUAUAAAUAAACAGUGUUUAAGA